GCUGACUUCAUGUAUAUGGCUCCACCCUUCAUGGCUUACUUUGCGGCGACCUCCGGUAAUGCCUCUCUUCUCCAGGCCAGCUACGAGCAGUGCGGGCUGUAUCGUGAAGUUCUUCUGUUUGGCUCGAAUGCGACCACGUUUUCCCCGGUCAACUCAUCAGCGACAUCGGGUCGCUGGCAUCACAUUGUGGGACCUCAAUCUGCGGACCUAGGUCUCUGGAGCACCGGCAAUGGUUGGGCUGCAGCUGGAAUGACUCGGGUGCUCGUCACCGUCAUGCACGCGCCGAUAGCGAAUAGCACUGGAUGGGCACCCGCUGCUAUCAGCGACUUGACGGCCUGGAUCAAGGAGAUCAUCGACGGCGCACGUGCAUCGCCUUUGGACAAUGGUCUCCUGCGGAAUUAUCUGGACGAUACCGAUUCUGCUGUUGGAUUUGGCGAAACAUCUGGGAGUGCACUCUUGGCCUCUGUCGUCUACCGUAUGGUGAUACUCGCCCCUACCGAAUUUCCGGCAGCGAUCUACGUCCCUUGGGCUGACGCACUCCGUUCUGUCCUGGCCAAACACGUCUCUCGGGAUGGAAUAGCUGCCCCAGCGGUCAAUCCGUUGAGCUGGCUUGAUCCCACACCUUGGAUAACUGGGAGUCCUGAAGGUCAAAACUUCUUUGUUCUGCUGUAUGCUGCUUGGAGGGAUUGCAUCUUUUCUGGGCUGUGCAAGCACUGAACUGAUCUACGUGGACUGCUCCUUAUCACACCGAGGGAUUGCGAAUAACAGGGCUCAUAAAGAAUCAAUUAUAUUCUAUAUAUUAGGGCAUAAAAAAUUAAGGGAUCUGAUAUGUGACAUAUUGGGCACUCGGAUCAUACCCGGCACCCGAUAUCUGUGGUAUCAGGACG